AUGGGCUAAAGUAAUCCUAAAGAUAAAAGAAGACAGAUUAAAGGUGGAAUAUUUAUUUAAUUACAAAAAACAUACUUUGUGAGCAACGAGGUGGUUUAAGGUCUGCUUAAUAUUAGCUUAGAAGAACCAUUUUAAGGUCACAUACUUUAAAUAACUUUGAAUGGACUGGAAGAAACUAGUUAUAUUUAUACUAUUAGGAUUCGUAAACAUACUAAGACGUAUUACGCGAAAGGAUACAAUGACUUUCUAAAUUUUUCUAUCCCUAUUUAUGAUUUUUCUUAAGGAUCUCGUGACCCUACCUUUAUAUUAAAACCAUGCUAGCUUGUAAUUCCUUUUUAAUUACAAAUAGUAGAUUAGCUCCCUUCUUCCAUGAAGUAUUUUUAUAGUGAAGGUACUUAAUGUUCUCUAAAAUACUCCUUAAUUGCUCAAAUUCUUCCUACCGAGCCUAAUAUGAAGCCAAUAUAUGGCAGUCAAGAUAUUUUUAUAGGAUAACAAAUAUCUGCUUUUGGCUUAUCUAACAAUACGAUAUCCCAUCAAGAACCUGUACUAUGUUGCUGUUGUAGGUCAGGGUAAAUUUUUUAUAAUAUAACUAUGAACAGUAGAUGCUUUUCUCCUGGUGAAACAAUAAAUCUCAAAAUGGACAUAGAUUUUAGCUAAUAUGGUAAAACUGUUAAGAGCUUAAAUAUCAAAUUGAUUGGAUAGCUUACGAUGAAAGCAAACGACACUGAAAGAAGCAAACUUUUAACCAUAUCUGAAAAAAGUAUGAAUCAUAAAGUGAAUUCUUCUAAGGUAAAAUAGGAUAUAUAGUUUUAAUUACCAACUGAUUUGGCUUUAUCAUCUCAAGGAUAAUUGAUUUAAGUCGUGUAUUACUUGUAAAUAACUCCUGAAAUAAGUACUGUUUGUUGUGUUUCCAAUAAUACUCCUCACGAAAUUAAAAUAUACAUCAAUCCUAACCCCAAUUAAUUAUAAAAUAAUUAGCUUAUUCCUCAAUAACUACAAAUUUAAGCUCCCAAAAACUGGAAUCCAGUACAAUUAUAGCCUUCAUUAAUAAAUUAAAGCUUAAUAAGUUAAAAUUAAAAAAAUAAUUACCCACUCUAAAAUCAAAACUAAAAUAACUUAAUUAUUAUGCCCAACUCUAUGCUUCCAAAAGUUAAGAUAUAAUAAUAUGGGUAACCAUAAAUGAUAAACUAGAACUAAGAUUAUUUGUGA